UCCCCCCUCCCCCACCCGCAAAGCUCCUGUUUCACUCAAAGAUGGCGUCAGCUCUGGAGCCACUGCUCUCUGACUGCAUUUUCAGGCUUGUUGUUGUCUGUGUUUCAAACGCGUUCUGGCACAUUCUCCUCGGACACUCGACCCGAAAUUCCGGUUGCAAAGACUUUUGAGGAAUACUCCGUAGAAAGAUGUUCAGCCUACAUCGUUUUCUGGAGUGAGGUAUCCGUUCUGGACCACACGUUUCUGCUGUGCUAGGAGCGGAGACAAAACAACAAGAGCGUACCGUGUUGGAACGGACUCAAUUUCACACUUUUAUUUUUAUUAGUGGCUAAAAACUCUGCCACAAUUUUUUACCAAGAUGCCAUCUAAGCGAAUAACACUAAGUAAUUAAGGAUUCUAGCUGAAUUUGAGUCGGGCAAAAAUCAGGGCACCCUAGACUCCUGUCAGCUGGCCCAAAACUGUCUCUUCCUACGUUUUCCUCCUGGAAAAGUUGCGGUGUCUGCCUGUUGCAUACCUCCCUGCUUUGCUUUGGUGUGGCCAACCUUCAGAAAGGAGGGUCACUGAGUUAGGGGAAUCUGUUUUAGGUUGGGGGGGAUUUAGGGAGCCUAUGAUAUGGUGAUCGGCUCCCUCUAUAACAGCUCCUGCUCAGGCACUGAGAGACUUACUACCCCUUCCCGGGACAAAGGAUAGCCUCCUGGAAGAAGAAAGAGGAGGAGGGUAACGAAAAGGCAGCGCCAGGGCUGAGGCCACUGGGUGCUUCCUAACGGUUGAGUGUGUUGGGCCGUGGCCCAACGGAAUUGCAGCAGCCAUGGUCAAGCUGGCCAACCCGAUGUACACCACCUGGAUCUUGGAAGCCAUCAAAAAGGUAAAAAAGCAAAAGCAGCGGCCGUCCGAAGAACGCAUCUGCAAUGCUGUGUCAAUGUCCCACGGGCUAGACCGCAAGACGGUCUUGGAGCACCUAGAACUCAGUGUUAAAGAUGGCUCUAUACUCAAGGUGUCCAACAAAGGGCUCAACUCCUUCAAGGACCCCGACAACCCCGGGCGUAUAGCAUUUGGAAAGCCCAGAACAGGAGGAGAUGGAGGCACUUACAGCACCAGCUCUAGCUCCUCCAAAAAACCUGGCCUGGACUGGAACAAACUUAUCAAGCGCUCUCUUGAGGGGCUUCAUGAACCUGGCGGAUCAUCUCUGAAGAGCAUUGAACGUUUUUUGAAAUGCCAGGCAGAUGUUGCGGGUUACCUGUCUGGCAGUGGCUCUAUGGGGCCAGGCCUGUUCCAUCAGCACCUCCGGCUGUCUCUGAAGCGGGCCGCUGCUCAUGGACGUGUGCUAAAACAAGGUCCGCUGUUCCGCUUGGUUAGCAGGAGUUCCCAUAAUGACGGGACAGGCAUCGUAUCUCUGGAUUCUCUGCCUCCGGUGCGUCUGCUGCCCCACGAACAAGAUCGGGCUGUGGCAGAGCCCAUACCCAUCUGUAGCUUCUGUUUGGGGACCAAGGAACAGAACCGUGACAAGAAGCCAGAGGAGCUCAUCUCCUGUGCAGACUGUGGGAACAGCGGUCACCCGUCCUGUCUGAAGUUCUCUCCACAGCUCACAGCACGAGUCAAAGCUCUAUGGUGGCAGUGCAUCGAGUGCAAGACAUGCAGCAGCUGUCAGGACCAAGGGAAAAAUGCUGAUAACAUGUUGUUUUGUGACUCCUGUGAUCGAGGUUUUCACAUGGAGUGUUGUGACCCCCCACUCAUGCGAAUGCCAAAAGGCAUGUGGAUCUGUCAGAUCUGUCGGCCUAGAAAAAAGGGAAGAAAGCUCUUACAUGAAAAAGCAGCACAAAUCAAACGGCGAUACAAUGCACCACUGGGGCGGCCGAAGGGCAGACCCGGCCGUCCCUUUAAGAAGCUUCGAGGUGGUGGGCGGGGCAGGAGGAGGCGGGGUGCUUUAGGUCUGGACCGGUGCUCGCAAGGCUCUUCUUCUCCACACUCCUCCUCAAGUUCUUCAUGUGAAGGUUACCCCGGCGACGAUCGCAUGCUCUUCUCCCUCCGCCAAGACGAUUCCUCGCAGGGCGGCCUGCGCUUUAAUAAAAAGACAAAGGGUCUGAUAGAUGCCCUCAGCAAGUUCUUCACGCCGUCCCCGGAUGGACGGAAAGCCCGCACUGAGGUGGUGGACUAUUCCCAGCAAUACCGAAUCCGCAAGAAAAGCAACCGCAAGGGCGACUCGGAUGACAGGACAGACAAUCAGGAGUGCGGAGACAGCUGGCGGGAGGACGAAGACAGAUUACCAGGGCAUGAGAACCUAACUGAGAAUGACGUGGAGCUCUUCAGACGUAUACAGGAACUGGCACUACAGAAGGUUGGCGUGAUUGGACCACCUGACCCCCAGAUGCGCUGUCCGUCAGUCAUAGAGUUUGGAAAAUAUGAAAUUCAGACGUGGUACUCCUCUCCAUACCCACAGGAGUACAGCAGGCUUCCAAAGCUCUACCUCUGUGAGUUCUGUCUGCGCUACAUGAAGAGCCGUGGCAUUCUGUACCAGCACAUGCGAAAGUGCAACUGGUUCCACCCGCCUGCCAACGAGAUCUACAGGAAGGACGAAGUGUCCGUCUUUGAGGUGGAUGGAAAUGUCAGCACAAUAUACUGUCAGAAUCUGUGCCUGCUGGCAAAGCUCUUCCUGGACCACAAGACUUUGUACUACGAUGUGGAGCCCUUUCUCUUCUACGUGCUCACACAGAAUGACAGUAAGGGCUGCCAUCUUGUGGGAUACUUUUCAAAGGAGAAACAUUGUCAACAGAAAUAUAACGUAUCCUGCAUCAUGAUUCUUCCACAAUAUCAGCGCCAGGGCUAUGGCCGAUUCCUCAUUGACUUCAGUUAUCUGCUGUCCAAGAGGGAAGGCCAGCCAGGCUCACCGGAGAAGCCACUGUCAGACCUUGGCCGACUGUCCUACAUGGCAUACUGGCGUAGUGUGGUGCUGGAAUGCAUGCAUGAGAUUAGAGACCGUCAGCUCACCAUUCGCAGGCUAAGCAAAGUUACCGGCAUAUGCCCUCAAGAUAUCACCGCCACUCUGCUUCAUUUAAAUAUGUUGGAACAGAGAGGGGAUGGAGUGGUGAUUGUGCGCAGAGAGAAGUUGGUUUCCAAUUAUAUGACCCGACUGAAAGCCAGACCUCGGCAACUCGAAGUCGAUCCUGACUGCUUGCGAUGGACGCCUGUUAUUGUCACCAACACAGUGGUAUCUGAGGGAGAAGGGGAUGAGGAGGAGGAGGAGGACGACGACGAAGAAGAAGAGGAAGAAUUUAACAAAGAGAUCAAACACUGCCGCAGAAGUCCUCCACUGUCUUGGCAUUUGCAAGAGAGGGAAAAGGAGGAAGAGAAAAAGAGCUUCCCCUCAUUCCCCAAAAACCAAAACUCUCCACCAUCUUCCACUGUUUGCAACAGUGUUGUCAGUCCUGAACGUCCUUCCCUUUUUAUUCCGGCUAAUGGGGAGCGCCGGCGACCAGGACGUCCUCCCAAAAACUGGCCAUGGGGCAAAGUGAAAGAUAGACCACGUCCAGGGCCAGGUCGACCCCGCAAAAUAAGGCCACCAGAUGAUGAAGAUGAUGAUGAGGAUGGUAGAAUUGUCAUUAAUAAGGUGACGACAACUUCCCUGCAUUUGGCUUUAGACAACGAGCCUGACUCAACAUCAGCUUGUCCUUUGGAAAGGCACCUUGCCAUACCACCACCACGCAGCAGAGGUCGACCUCCACGGAAGAAGCGUGGUCCAAAACGAAGACUUGGCGAGGAGCCUGGAGACAGCCUGCCAUUGUUGCCGCACACUGCAAGACUGAGUGAACCUGUGCCAGUCCAACCACCAUUUUUCAGUGACAGCAGUGAAGAUGAUGAGGAGGAUGAUGAUGACGAAGAUGAGUUAAGGAACCUUUCUCCACCUGUACUCACCAAGCCUACACUAGGACUUAAAUGCAAGUCUCAAAAGUCUUUACGGAGGCGUCGUGUACGUCAACGCAGCCAUCCCCACAGCAGUGUAGUGACAGAGACCAUUUCAGAGACCACAGAAGUUCUGGACGAGUCAUUUGUGGAUUCAGAUUCUGAAAGACCCAUGCCCAGACUAGAGGAGGAAACUCCAUUUGGCAACCCUCUCCGACGAUACACAGCAGCCCGCAAACACAUGGGCCCUACCCUCAAGAGCAUCAGUGGAGGCAAUCUGACCGAAUCGGAGGAAGACGAUCCCACUCCUGUGUUGAAACCAGUUACUGGAUUAAGAAGGCCUGAACCUUCAGAGACCACACAAAGAACAGGGACAACAGCUGAGAUUCCUGAGGUCCCAGUAAAGAAGAAGAAAGGUUGGCCUAAGGGCAAGAGUCGCAAGCCACUGCAUUGGAAGAAGCGUCCAGGGAGGAAGCCUGGUAGUGGGGCAAGUCAGACAGCUGACUUCAAUCUGGCAGAUCCAUCCUCAGAGGGCCCACCACCCCCAAAGAUCAAAAUGAAGCCUGGCAGGAAACCUCGCAGCUAUUACCUGCAGCGGGCCCAAGAGGAGGCAGCGAGACAGGAAAUCGAGAGAAGCAGAAUAGCUCCGCAGCAGGUGGAUAAUUCAACAGUCAAGAUAUCCAGAGCUGUAACGUCUGACCUGAACCCUGAGAAGCGGAAAGACUCAGAAGAGGAGGAUGAUUUCCUUCAGAGGUUUAGAGAACCAAUAAAGCCUAGAAAACGAGGCCGACCUCCAAAAAAUGCCAAUCUUCCUCCCCCUAUACCUAAACCUCCCCCUUUGUCUGAGCCGGAAGACGAAGACGAGGAGGAAGACCAACCAUGGACUGUGGAGAAGACCAGCUGUCCACCUUCUUGUACCAUGUCACAGUCUUUGUGCACAAUGGCCCAUCCGCCAAGAGCAAGCACAGACAUAGCAGAUGCAGAGGAGGAUGAAGAGCGGGAUGAUGAUGAUUGUGAUAACAGAGCUAGUCGGAGAACAGCAACAACACCAGGCUCAGGAAGCAGGCGUAGUGAUGAUCAUGAUGCAGAUGAUGAAGGGGAUGGUCGCCUUGAAGAGAAAAGUGACAAUGGCAGUUGCAGUAAGAGGAGAAAAAAACAAGACUCUGAGGAUGAUGAGGAGCAAGAGGAUGUGGAAGAGGAGGAACAAUCAUCACCUGUACACUCUCCCCCUGUGAAAGAAGAACCACACAGCAGUGAAGGUUUUUUAGACAUGUCAGGGAACGUGGCUCGAGAUUAUGUCAGCAAACAGGAAGAGGGGGAGGACGAGGAUGCAGAGGAAGUACAAGAGGUGAAGACUAGCUCUGUCGAUACUCAGGAUGAACAGCGACGGCGUGAACAGGAGGAAUCUGCGGCGGCUGCGGCAGCCGUGGAAACGGUGACCGCUAUUACAGUCACUUCAGAACCGAUGGACAUGCAGUCUCUAAAUGUUGAGGACAAGGCCGUGCUGAUGAUAGCGGCAGACCACUCACACCAGCACGCUGAUUUCAAAGAUGACCUUAGUCAACACCAACACACACAUCAACACAGUAGUGAGCUGGAUCUAGAAACCGUGCAGGCCGUUCAGUCACUUACACAAGGUGAGGCCCAAGAGGAGGAGGCCGAGUCCCACGGAGCAUAUCAGGACUGUGAGGAGACGCUUGCUGCCUGCCGUACCCUUCAAAGCUACAGUCAUGGUGAAGCAGAGGAGGAAACACUAGCCCUGGUGGAAGAUUGUGGAGCCUCCCAGCACAGUCCCAUGCCCAACCCACCAAUGCCCACAUUACCGAAUCAAUCCGUGCGUUCAGUCAACAGCCCAGGAAUGGCUUCUGGUCCAAUGGAGACUGGGCCAGUGGUACCUGGACCCACAGGAACCGGAGGGGUAACAGGUGGAGGGUAUACCCAAAUAACCCCAGAGCAUCCCAGCUCUCUAUCAGCUCCCUCACUACAAAACAUGGAGACCUCCCCCAUGAUGGAUGUGCCAUCAGUUUCUGAUCAUUCACAGCAGGUGGUGGACAGUGGCUUUAGUGAUUUAGGCAGCAUCGAAAGCACUACAGAGAACUAUGAUAAUCCAAGCAGCUACGACUCAACCAUGGGCGGUGGAGGUAACGGAGGAGGAAAUGGAAGUAAUGGAGGUGGCAUGUCUACAGCAGUGGCUGCUUCCUCUUCUUCAUCGUCUUCGUCCUCUUCUUCAGCCACACCGUCAUCAUCAGCUUCACAAGGCAACAGUUGCUCCUUUGUCUCAACCCCUGGAAUGACAACCUCAAACACAGGUGUUAGCUCUCAGAUGGGAAGCAUGGGAAGCUGUAGCCUUAUCCAACAGGGAGGUCCUGGGCCUACCAAUGUACCUGGAUCUAACAAUGGUAACAGUGUCCCACAGCCUCAACCCCCACCACCCCUCCCUUCUGCCAGUACUCCAAUUUGCAGUAUUAAGUCUCCGCAAGGGUGCGUCAUUGAAAGGCCACCAAGUGCCAGCCAACAACAGCAGAAGAAAGUCUCUCAGCCACCUCAACAGCAGCAAAACUCCCAGCCGCAGCCUCCACCCUCUGCUCCACCACAACCUCCACCUCAACAACAAGCACUCUCACAAUGUAGCAUGGGAAACGGCUUUGCUUCCACACCCAUGAUCAUGGAGAUCCCUGAGAGUGCAGGUAGUGCAGGAGGGGGCCGUAGUUUGUAUGACCGUAUGGGUCAGGACUUUGGUGCUGGUGGCUAUGGCCAACCUACUGCUACUUUUAGUUUGGCCAAACUUCAACAGCUAACUAACACCAUCAUGGACCCUCACGCCAUGUCUUAUUCGCAUUCUGCAGCAGUCACCUCAUAUGCUACUAGUGUUUCUCUAUCCAACCCAGGCUUGGCGCAACUUGCAUCCUCCCCACACCCACCUUUGCCACAGGCGCAGCCAACUAUGACCCCACCUCCCAAUUUGAGUUCUGGGUCUAUGAACCUGAUUCAGUGCAACAUGCCAGGGCCUAACAUCGGACUGCCUCCCCCGCCCCAUUCACAGCGCCUCCAAGGCCAAAUGGCUACCGUCAAAGGCCACAUUUCAAUUCGAUCCAAAGCCUCUCAAAUUCCAGCGGGCUCCCCACACCAGCAGCAAUUAUACAGUCGUAGCUCUGGGGCUGUGGCCAUGCAAAGCUCCCCACGCACUCUAGCAGUGCAGCGUGGCAUGAUGACCAACCUCAUGCCCACGUCUGCUGCCUACAACUCUAUGAACAUGAAUCCCCUCAAUGCUGCCAUGUCAGCUAGCUAUCGCAUGCCACAGCCCAUGAUGAACAGCGGGUACCACAGUAACUCACCCUAUAUGAACCAGCCGGCUCAAUACCCCAUGCAGAUGCAAAUGGGUAUGAUGGGAGGGCAGGCCUACCCACAGCAGCCUAUGCAGCCCAAUCACCAUGGAAACAUGAUGUACACGGGCCCCUCGCACCACAGCUAUGCUGGCGUCCCCAAACAGUCGCCUUACAUGAGCAGAUGAGCACUAGAGAACAAGCAGAGGGAGAGAAUGCCGAGAGACGUUUCCACUGAACUCUCUGUACUUUAUUCAUUUGAAUCCACCCUCCAAAGUCAGGGCGAAAGGCUAAGCGACAAGCGAGCUGGGUGGAGGAAGAGAACAUAGAGACUGCGACAAUUUCUUUUCUUUCUAAAUAUGUUGUCGUCAAGCUCUGUUCCUUUAUGUACGUUUCCAGAUUGCCUGAGCUAACAGAGCCAGGUAGAUGAUCUGGGCUGAUCACAGGAGAUGAUCUAAUGAACCUUUUGUGGCAAGUUUCAUGCUCCCAAAGAUCGCUCCAUCUGACGUGGUUGUACCAACAGAUGUCGGUCCUCCAAAGUGUCCACCACUCAAUCCACGAUGAAGCAUCAAAGCAGCUAUAGGGGAAGUGUGGAUGUAAUCUUUCAAACUGAGAAACAAAUAUGUUUAAAUUCUUAUUGAAUAUACAUUGAAUCAUGCACACAAUCGUUCAAUUGACAUAGGAAGCCUUACCUAAAAAGAGACAAAAUAUUUGUAGAUGGACUUUUUUUGUUUCUUUUUUAUUAUAUUAUUAUUAUUUUUUAAAUGUUCUUUUGUUUUUUCAAUGACUGUUGAAAUGCGCGUUUCGGUCUGACCUUGUCAUGCUUCCCGUGUGUGGCUGUUCCGGACAAAGUGAUUUACACUCGCUUGAUCAUACACUCGCUCAAGUUCAUUCACUCACUCACACACACAGAGCUCUGUAGCCACUCGAGAGCUUAUGUGGAGGCACUUGAAAUAGGGUUUUAGUUGGGACACGCAAGGUGUCUGUGAUAUCUGUAAAUCUGUGUCUUCCUAAUAUGGAACAGUGUGAACAGAACCCAAGAUAAUGUUAAAAGGUUUUGUUUGGAGUUACAUAAGACUAAUAAUGACCAAGCAUCAUUUUUUAUGGUGGGCUGGACCGAGCAGAUUUCCUUGUUGAUGUAAAUAUUCUGGUACUACCUGGUUCACAUCACAGACCUGUAAAAUCUCACACAUGGUUUCUCCACAGUUACACUCCACAGAUGUCUCUAGAGGGCGCCACAGUCAAAUAGAGGAAAUAAACAUAGCCCAUCCAGUGGGGUUAAUGAUGCCUCCUAAAAAUAGGCCUUGCUGUGGCACCAGUAAGUAGCGCGAGCUGAUCAUGCAGUAGUGAUGUUAGCAACCGGAGAGAGAGAGAGGGAGAGAGAGAGAGAGGGAGAGAGAGUUGCACGACUAGGUGCAUCCAUGUCUGCAAUGCACACAUGGACAAAGAACACUCAUACCCCGGAUAAAGGUUAAAGUGCAUGAUGUCCUGAGACGGUUACGGUUUUAGGACAAUAAGCAGAGAAUUUCUUAAUGUUCCAGUAUUCAUUGUCAAUUUGAGGAAACUUUCUCAAUGAACUGACGUUUCAUACAUUAUUUGUGCGCUUUUGUGUUUCUGAAUUUUAUCAGACUGGGCAGCUUUCUUUUAUGACACAAGCUGACUCUUUUUGACUUUAGAAGACUUAUUGUAGAGAAAUGUUUUUUCUAAAAUAUAAAAAAGGAAAAUUCUGAUAUGGAAAUUGGUACUGUCAUUUUUUUCACUUCUGUUUCAGGAAAAAAACAAUGCAUAUUUUUUAGCUCAACUCUUGGGGUAAUAUUAUUAAGAAAUUCAAAACGAAAAAAAAUUACAACUCACUUUUAGUGAAUUUAAGAUGCCUUUAACCUUUCCAUUCCAUCUCAUCUCUAGAGUUUUAUAUCUUUGUGUAGUAUAUUAAUGCUAUUUUAAAACAAAAGGAAAAAACAGAUAUCUAAAGGUCACUUUUAGUGUUAUUUUCUUUUGUUUUUCUUGGUUAUAGUGUGUGUAUAGGACAACUUCCUCACAUCUACGAGGCAUGUAAAAAUGAGCUCAGUAUAUUUCUGUUUAUAUUGCUUACCUUUUCGUAUCCUUUGUAAUUGUACAUGGUGAGUUGUAAGCUAAGAGAGCCUGGUAGCUGGAGAAAGAGAGAGCCAAGCUGGGGCGCUCGGUGAAGGUCGCAAGCGUCCACCUUCCACUCCUCUCUGUUUUGUCCCUGUAUGUAUUUCCAUUUAUUUGUUUCUUUCUUUUUUCUUAGCAAGUACUUUCAAAGAACUGUGUACAUUUUAACAUGAAACAAAAAUAAAUUAUGUUGAGCCAUUUCA